AUGGCUAAUGUUUUCCUACAGUUUUUAAUUGAUGUUGAAAACGGUGAUUUAGAUGCUGUUAAAAGAAAUAUACAAAAUGGUAUUGAUUUAGAAACACGUGAUGAGGAUCAACAAACAGCACUUAUUUUAGCUGCUCGAUGUAAUCAUUUCGAAAGUGUUAAAAUUCUCGUUGAAGCUAAUGCCGAUGUGAAUGCUGAGGAUGUAGAUCAUUGGACAGCAUUACUGAACGCAUGUCAAAAUGGUAAUUUAGAUAUUGUAUGUUUUCUUAUUGAGCACGGUGCACAUAUUGAACAUUGUGAUUGUGGUCAAUUUACUCCAUUGAUGUGGGCAUCCUAUCAAGGACAUACAAGAGUAGUUGAAUAUUUAUUAAGUUGUGGUACUAAUGUUGAUGCUCAAGAUGAACAUGGUAUAUCAAGUUUAAGUUGGGCAUCGGGACGAAACCAUAUUAAUAUUGUAGCAUUGCUACUUGCAGCUGGCGCUUCACCAAAUCUAUGUGACAAGAAUAAUACCAGCCCAUUAAUUUGGGCCAGUAGACGCGGUUAUACACGAGUAAUCGAUUUAUUACUAAAACAUAAUGCAAAUGUUAAUAAUAUUGGAAUGAAAAAUAUGACUGCUCUUUUAGCUUCUACAAAAGGUGGUCAUGCAGAAACAGCUCUUUGUCUUCUUCAGAAUUCAACAAUUGACAUCAAAAUACAAGAUAAAGAUGGACAAACACCACUAAGUCAUGCAUGUGGUCAAGGUCUCACUGAUGUUGUUGCUGAAUUGGUUGAACGACAUGCUUAUGUUAAUACAGUUGAUAAAAAUUUGGAUCCCGUUCUUUUUUCAGCUGUUAAAAGUGGAAGAGAAGAUUCCGUUGCUAUUUUACUGGAAAAACAUGCUCAUAUAAAUGUUGUUGGCGCAGAGAACAAGACAGCAAUAUGGUGGGCUGUAGAAUGCGGUCGACUGGAUGUAGUCAAAUAUUUACUUCAAUAUAGUCCUGAUGUUGAAAUACCAGGUGGUCAUGAUGAUGAUACACCACUCUUAUUGGCUACGAAACGAAAACGUGUUGGCAUUGUUUAUGAACUUAUAAAAUAUGGAGCUAAACUAUCAUCAGUCGAUCGAUUUGGUGAUAAUAGUUUGCAUAUCGCUCUGCGUAAUUGUAGCCGAGAUAUUGCUGAUAUUCUACUUUCUAAUCCAAGACAUUCAAAGUAUUUAUAUCGACCAAAUAAACGUGGUGAAACACCAUACAAAAUAGAUGCAAGCCUACAAAAGAGUAUUCUUACAACUAUCUUUGGACAAAGAACAUUAAAUUUGAACGAUGAUUCUAUUCUUGGCUAUGAUCUGUAUUCAUCAGCAUUAGCAGAAAUUUUGAGUGAACCAUCACUUCGAACUCCAAUUACUGUGGGUCUAUAUGCAAAAUGGGGUAGCGGAAAGUCGGCGUUACUAGCGCACCUUAAAGAUGAAAUGUAUAGCUUUGCUCAAUUAACUGACUUUCCCAGUAUAAAAUUUUCACCUUUGCUUCUCUCAGUUAUUUUCAUCACAGGAUCAAUUAUUGGUCUUGUUAUUGGAUUUUUAAUUCACUAUACUGUGGGAAUAUCUAUUGGUUGUCUAUUGAUCAUAUUUCCAUUGGUAUUUCUAUAUUGGAUUAAAUAUCUUCUUCGUAACAAAGACUAUGGACGGACAGCUAGUGUAGCACGAUUCAUAAAUAAGCGUUUGGAAAUUUUACGAUUUCUACUUCAAGUUCUAUUUAUUAAUCCUUAUGCACAUCAUCGCUUAAAAACGGAUGAUACAACUGAUUGUAAAAAAAUAAAAUUUAUUUUCACUGAAUACGGAAAAGUCUCAACUGUCGAAGGUGAAAAGGUUAGCGCAACUAUGAUUGCUGAACUUGCAACAAGCAUCGAAGAAACAUUUGGACUUGUGGCAACACGUCUUUGUCGUGCACUUCAUUCCAAAAAUUUAAGCCAUGAUCGAUUCAGAAAUCUAUGUUGCGUACCUGCCUUUAUUUUUGUGACUAUUCAAAUAUUAGUUGCUUUUGUUCUAAGCAUUUUAAUAUUUAUCAAAGGUAUUCCAUCGGUUCAUGGUUCGAUUAAUACUGUUUAUAUUCUCUUGGCAAGUAUAUUAGCUAUUUCGAUUGUAUUCAGUUUAGCUACAUGGCUUCGAAUAUUAAUGGCAUUGAUGAAGUCACCGCAAUCAAAAAUUAUGAAAUUGUUAGACCAAUCCUCACAUUUGAAUGAAAGUUCUCUUUAUCGACUUAAAAAAGAAGUUAACCGAUUGUCAUAUAUUAUUAAAACAGUUGAAGCUUUUUUAAAUAUUAACACUCGUCUUGUUGUUCUUAUUGAUGGUUUAGAUGUUUGUGAACAACAGCGUAUACUUCAAAUACUUGAUCAAGUACAUGUACUUUUGACGAAAGAAAACGAUCCAUUCAUUACAUUGAUUGUAUGUGAUCCACAUAAAAUGAUUCAGGACGCUAAAACAACAGCAGCAAUAAUAUCAUCAGCAGCAAAUCAACAUUCAAGUUUUGAAUCUGGUGUUAACGGGCAUGAAUAUUUACUAUCGAUUAUUCAACUGCCAAUCUACUUACAAUUAAAUUUAAGUAGAAUAAAACAAUUGAAAGACGACGGUAAUGACUUUCCAAAAAGAAGGCAAACGACACUUCCAAAUGGUACCUCAGUUCUUGAUGUAAGUACACAACCGUCAAUAGGCAAGAAACUUUCAAAAAAUAAACGACGUCGACAACGACGAGAUACAUUACCCAAUACUAAACCAGUAACAACAUCGGAGUUGACUCAUCAAUUACUUCAAUCUGAUUAUUUUCUUGAUAUAAAUCCACGAAUUCUUCAACGUCUGAUUAAUAUAAUUGCAAUGAGUGGUCGAUUGUUACGUGCUAAUCAAAUAUUAUUCAGUUGGACACGUCUUGGGUGUUGGUCAUAUUUAGUGGAACAAUGGCCAUACCGUAUUUCUUGGAUUGUUGUGCAUUAUGAAGAUUAUGAACAAGACUAUGCAGAAGAUACUCCACUCAAUACUCUCUAUAACAAAAUCAAGCAAUUUAUUCCCAUAUUGAAUAAUACUCUUUUAGAUCUUGAUCGUAAUCGACGUAAAUUCGAACUUUGUAUAGAAAACAGCGAACCUGUUUUAAAUGUUAUGGAUUUAAAACAAUUCCUUCCGUCCACAUGUAAUCUUGAUCCAUAUUUAAAUAGAUUCAUUCGAGAAUCUGUAGCAUAUUUUUACAUGAAUAAUUCAGAUGAAAAUGGUUUUACUCUGGACGAUUCAUCAAACUUUUUUUCACCUCGUGCUUCGACUUUUGCCACACCUAAUCCAUUUUUUCAACAAGCACCAACUCCAAGAAACCAAACAAAAAUUUAUCCAAAUUUUAAUCUUGACAAAUCAGAAUUUGCAGGAGCGCAAUGUCGUCCAAAUGCACUUAUUUCGAUGAGAAAACGAGAUGGUGACGAAGAUAAUAAUCAAAUUCAAGUAUCAUCAAUUUCAUCACGACCAGCAGCAUCCACUAAGCAACCAACCCUAUCAAACGAUGUCAACGUUGAUUUAUCACCAUCUCUCAGUCAGAUGACAAUUAAUGACAUUUGUGAUUGCUUGAAAAAUGACAUUGCUGGUAUGAAACCCAAAAUGAUUCCAACAUAUAUUCGAAAUAUAAAUGAAAAUAAUAUUAAUGGUCGAGUUCUACUAGCGUGUGAUUUCGAUGAACUUAAACAAACUGUUCCCAUGACAUUUGGUGAUUGGGUACUUUUUAGUACUUGGAUACGGAGAAAACGAGAAGAAGAACAAUGUUCUCGACUUCAUGUACAGCCACCGUUUGCAUCAACGACUAACAAUAAUAAUAAUAAUAAUAAUAAUAAUAAUAAUAAUAAUAAUGAUCAUCAACAACUAUUGAAUAGCGAUCCUUAUAAUGAAUAUCAGUUCUAUUCUGGUAACAGUGUCCUUAGUUCUGCUCUUGAUCAAUUAUUUUCUCACUCAACCCAGAAGAAUAUAAUGAAUUCUAGUGAUAGAGUACAUGCUGAAGAUAAUAGCAAUAAAAUAUCAAUUGUUGCAGCAUCCAAAAAUGUUACCUUUCUCAUUCCGUCAGUUCGAUCUGGUAUCACUCCAAAUGAUAGUGCAUUUGAUGUCAAUGAAUCAACAACACGAACCAUUACUCAUGUUAAAGAUAUAUUUCCAGCGAAUUCUUCAUUCCAAUCUCACACAAUAACAAGCAAUGAAAUAAAUACAGCGACACCUUCUUCGUCCUCAGAUUCCGUAACCAAUUCAUUACUACUUGAGAAAGACCAACAACAAGAAAUCGUUAGAAGUGCCAAUGAAGAAAUCCCUUUACUUAAGAGUGAUAAUUUGAAUGAUAAAUGA